CUAGCCAGCUUUUUCCCUUCUCAUUCUUCUCUCUCUCUCUCUCUCUCUCUCUCUAAAGUCCAAACUUUGGAUUUGUGGAAUUACUCUUGUUCCUACCUGGUUUCAACACAGGCUCCUUAAUCUUCUCCUCUUGUUCUUUCUGUUAAAUAUUUUUUUUUGAAAGGUUCAAUUUUUUGUUUUGUUGCUGAUACCCAUUAACAUUUUAUUUUCUGGGGUCAAUGCGGUUAUGUUAUCUGGAAAUUAGGGCUUCAAUCCGUGGUCUGGGGUGAUUGAUUUGGGUUAUGUAUGGUAAAGGAAUGUAGCUGGAGAAAGUGGUGUUGUAUUUUGAAUAAUAAAUAUUUCAUCUUCGUUGCUGGGGAUGUUAGAUUUUUGUAAAUUUGGUUCCUUUUUAUCCUGGAUUUACGCUAUAUUACCAUUUCUCGACUAAUCGGAAGAAUAGAUUGGGAAAUCUCAUUGGAUUUGAGAAUAAAGUUUGGAUUUUUUGACCUGCUGAACCCCUUUAUGCACAAUUGGGUGCUGAAUUGGGAACAAAUCUGAGCAGAAAAAGUUCGUUAUAGUUACUGGGUUUAGGUGUAUUGAAGGUCAUUUCAUGAUGGAUCAUGUGAUUGCUGGGAAGUUUAAACUGGGAAGGAAAAUUGGGAGUGGGUCUUUUGGGGAGCUUUAUAUAGCUGUUAAUGUACAAACUGGAGAGGAGGUGGCUGUCAAGCUGGAACCUGUGAAGACCAAGCAUCCACAGCUUCACUAUGAGUCAAAAUUGUAUAUGCUUCUUCAAGGAGGAACUGGGAUUCCCCACCUCAAGUGGUUUGGAGUUGAGGGAGACUACAAUGUCAUGGCAAUUGACCUUCUUGGACCAAGUCUGGAAGAUUUGUUCAAUUAUUGCAACCGGAAGUUAACAUUGAAGACAGUGUUGAUGCUUGCUGAUCAAUUAAUUAACAGAGUUGAAUAUAUGCAUUCAAGAGGUUUCCUUCAUCGUGACAUAAAGCCUGACAAUUUUUUAAUGGGCUUAGGACGUAAAGCAAACCAGGUGUACGUCAUUGACUAUGGUCUUGCAAAAAAAUAUAGGGAUCUUCAGACUCAUAGGCACAUACCAUACAGGGAAAACAAGAACCUUACAGGCACAGCUCGGUAUGCCAGUGUCAACACUCAUCUAGGAGUUGAACAAAGCAGAAGGGAUGAUCUGGAAUCUCUUGGUUAUGUGCUCAUGUACUUCUUAAGAGGAAGUCUUCCUUGGCAGGGACUGAAGGCUGGCACCAAAAAACAAAAAUACGAUAAAAUCAGUGAGAAGAAGAUGUCAACUCCUAUAGAGGUGCUCUGCAAAUCAUAUCCUUCAGAGUUUGUAUCAUAUUUCCAUUACUGCCGAUCAUUGCGGUUUGAGGACAAGCCUGAUUAUUCAUAUUUAAAGAGGCUUUUUCGAGAUUUGUUUAUUCGAGAAGGCUAUCAAUUUGACUAUGUUUUUGACUGGACUAUAUUGAAGUAUCCGCCUGUUGGUAGCAGCAGCUCUAGAGGGCGGCAUGGUGGUGGCAAGGAAGCUAUGAAUGCAGGACCAUCUGUACAAAAGCCAGAAAAGAUCUCAGUGGGGAAAGAGAUUCGAGAGAAAUUCUCUGGUGCUGUUGAAGCAUUCUCCCGGAGGAACCCAACAAGUUCUAGUCCUCGUGGUGAUCACUCCAAACAUAGGACUUUUGAGGAUGUAGCAGUACAUAAAGAUGUGGUAAAUAUUCUUCAAGAGAAGGGACGCAGUACCUCACGAUAUGGGAGCAGUUCAAGAAGAGCCAUAAUCUCAUCAUCAACGAGGCCAAGUUCCUCAGGUGAUCACACUGACAGCCGUACCGGCCGGCUAACCUCAACCGGUAGCCGUCCAUCCACCACGCAUAGAAGUCAACAACCAACUUUCACACGCUCAGGAUCUACUAGAGCCAAUCGCGAUGAUCCUCUGCGUAGCUUUGAGCUCCUCUCUAUCAGGAAGUAACGACAAGUAUCUUCAUUUUGUCACAAGACAUUUUUUUCUAAAUUCUAACGCACCUGUUUAUUCAACAACGAUCUCAAGCAUUACAGAAAUCAUGUUCAUGUAUAUUUCUGAGUUACCAUGAUGUCAUAAAAGACAUCACUUCCUGAUAUCAUCUUCUGGACCAAGGUGGACUAUUUUCGGAAGAUCGCUGCUGUAACAUGCUCCAGAGAACUCAUUUGGGGUUCUUUUUUUUAUUAUUUAAAUUUUUUGCUAGAAAAACGUGUUUACUUUCUCUUUAAAAAAAAUAGAUGGAACUAGUUUUGUAGUUUAUGAUACACUUGUUAUUGUUUUUUCUCAAUGAGACACAGCAGUACUGCACUGUCUCUAUGUUACCCUUGUUAUGAGAGUCGAAUUUAUUGACGAGUUCGAAUUUGGUCUCAAGCUAAAUAAGUAGUAUGAGACCUUCCACUACUCAUUUCUUCUACAG